AUGCAAGACCAGCAAUGUGCAACAACGUCACUACCACCUUUAGUGGCCAUGAUGCCAAGCCCAGGCAUGGGACAUCUCAUUCCAAUGAUAGAGUUCGCCAAAAGACUCACGCGCCACCACAACCUCCAUGUCACCUUCCUCAUCCCCACUAACGCCCCUCCUUCAAAGCCCCAAACCACCCUCUGCAGCUCACUGUCACGUGCCAUUUCGCACUUGUUUCUCCCCCAAGUCCCUCUCUCUGACCUUCCACCCAACACCAAAAUCGAAACCCUAAUCUCCCUCACCGUCCUCCGCUCUCUCCCUUCUCUCCGCCACUCCCUCGCCGCCCUCCACCGCGUCGCCGCCCUCGUUGUCGACUCCUUCGGCACCGACGCAUUUGACGUCGCCGGAGAACUCAACAUCCCCUCUUACCUCUACUUUUCUAGCCCUGGUAUGGUAUUGUCCUUCGCCUUUUACCUUCCUCGCCUCGACAAAGAGGUUCAAUGCGAGUACAAAGACCUCGUUGAACCCGUCAACAUCCCCGGUUGCGUUCCCAUUCACGGCAAAGACUUUGCAGAACCUUUGCAGGACCGAAACAACGAUGCCUAUAACACUCUCCUCUAUCACUGCAAGCGGUUCAGUUUGGCCAAAGGAAUCAUAGAAAACAGCUUCCCAGAGCUUGAACCCCAAGUUAUCAAGUGGUUGCUAAAGGAAGAACAGGGUAGACCACCGGUUUAUCCGGUCGGACCGCUAGUUAAUGAAGACAUUGCUCAAACUGAGGAACAGUGUUUAUGUUUGAAGUGGUUGGAUGAGCAGCCACGUGGCAGUGUUGUGUUUGUGUGUUUUGGCAGCGGUGGAACCCUGUCUCGUGCACAAACAGAAGAACUUGCUUUGGGGUUGGAAAUGAGUGAGAAAAGGUUCUUGUGGGUUGCGAAGUGCCCCGAUGAUUACAUUCCCAAUGCUUCUUAUUUCACUGUGGAUUCUGACCCUGACCCUCUUGAUUUCUUGCCCAAUGGGUUUUUGGAGAGAACCGAAGGGAGGAGCUUGGUGGUGCCAAAUUGGGCCCCACAGGCCCAAGUCCUGAGUCAUGGAUCCACCGGUGGGUUUGUGAGCCAUUGCGGUUGGAACUCAAUCCUUGAGAGUGUGGUGAAUGGGGUGCCUUUAGUUGCUUGGCCACUCUAUGCGGAGCAGAAGAUGAAUGCUGUUUUGGUCACAGAAGACAUAAAAGUGGCUCUUAGACCAAAUGUUCGUGCGAAUGGUUUGGUGGAAAGAGAAGAAAUAGCGAGUGUUGUGAAGAAGCUUAUGGAAGGUGAGGAAGGGAAAAAGCUGCUUCAUCGAAUGAAAGAGCUUAAGGUGGCAGCUGCAAUAGCUUUAGGGGAAAAUGGUUCUUCAAACGAGCAAAUUUCUCAGGUGGCUCUCAAGUGGAAGGGCGAAACAACCACAACAAAUUAA